AUGCCCAAGGCUUCGAAGAUGGAGAAGAAGGCGGGAAGUGGGCUGGAGAAGAGGGUCAACAAGGCCCAGAAGGCGGCCUGCGGGGGCAACCGCUGGGAUCCCGAGGACUGGGUGAAGGCGCUUGAGCUGUACUACGAGGGGUACGCCAACGGCGCGGUCGGACUCCACCUCGGGAGGACAGAUCAGGCGAUUCGCUUGAUCACACAACAGUGGCGGGAGGCCACCGGUUGGGCGCAGAGCAUUAAGCACCGCAAGGUUGACCCUCCCCUUCCUGCCCUCUCUCGGCGCGGAGAGGCCUCGCCUCAGGCUGCUGCCGCCGAGGCCAUCCCCAGCUCGGCGUCCCCAGCCGGGCCAUCAAACAUGGCCUCGGGAGGCGAGCCUGGCCGCUCCGUGUCGAGGGGAUUGACUCUUGACGAGCGUACAGAGCUUGCCUCUCUUCUUCGCGGCUCGGAGCCAUCGGCUCCUAGGGAGCGUAGAGAGGCUUUCUCUCGUCUUCGCGCCGCGGUGGCCGUCUUCAUGACCCCCAACAAGCCACCGCCCGCCAGGGAGACGGCCUCUCCUGCUCCCGGCCCAGCGGCUGGCUUCACGGAGCCUGGCCCCUCCGUGUCGGAUGAAGUGACAGCUGGGGAGCCUAGGGAGGCUGCCUCUCCUGUCCCGGGCCCGGCCUUUGGCUUCACGGCCAUCAACGCGCCGGCGCGCGUCAGGGUGGCCUCGCCUCCCGCGGCUCCCGUCUCCGCCCCUCCUGUCGCCCCUCCCGCCGCUCCUGUCCUCGCGCGUGCUGCCUCUCCCCCUGCGGCUCCUGCCCCCGCCCCCGCUGCCUCCUGGGGUGGGAUGACCCUCGACGCGCCGGCGCCGUGGCUGCUCGCGGUCGUCGAGGGACCCAUUCAGGAGUUUGUGCAGCCCCUUACUGGGCUGCCGUCCCCGGAGGAGGAGGCCGAGAGGGCGGAAUCGUCGGGCCCCCCGAUGAGCUGUUUCCGCCGGCUGACCCUUGACGCGCCGGCGCCGUCGCUGCCCUCCCCCGUCGAGGGGCGCCUUCAGGAGUCUGUGCAGCCGCUCAUUAGGCUGCCCUCCCUGGCGGAGGCCCUGAGCACGGCCCCGCCACCUCGCCCCUCGUCUGACGAGGUUGACGAGGGAUGGGGGAUGAUGAUACGAUUCUCGGGGGAGGCCCACUCACACAUGCGUGAGCUUUGA